UGCUCAACUUACUUUGCAAUUUAAGAAAUGUUGAUCAUGAAACAUUUCAUCUCCCACACACACGCGUACACACACACUGAGAGAGAGAGAGUGUUAAGGAAAUGUGGAAUGGAAAUGUGAAUACUUUCCAUUUGAUGCCCCAAUUUUAUAUGAAAAAAAGAAACUACCAAAACAAGAAUAUGGAAAAAAAUGAACUCCCGCUCACGAUAAAAGCCACUCACUACAUCUCUACAUCUCUACCGCAAUCUCUACAACUCUGUCUUCCUUCUGUCUUUUUUCCCAACCAAGAAUUACAAUGGAUCAGCAACCACAAUCCAUUAUUAAAAAACCCUCAAAGUUUUCCCGGUUUCUGCGAUCGAUUUUUGGCAGCUGCGGCGGGAAGUCGGUGGAGAAGACAUUAGUUGAGGAUGAAAAAGAUGGGAAUAGAGAUUAUUCUUUUUCUUUUUCUUCCUCCGGCUCGGACUCGGAUUCAGCUUAUUCUUCAAAGGAAAAGGGCAGUAAAAAUGGAAAAUUGCAAAAUGAGUUUCAGAAGGUGACAGAUGACAUUAAGGAAGAACUUCAAGUGGCUGACUUGAAAAGGAAGUUGACAGAAACUACUGAAGAGCUUUUAGAAAUUCAUCCCCGUGAACUCAAGUUCAUAUUUGAAUUGAAGAAGCAGUCAACGUGCUCUGUUCGACUCUUCAAUAAGUCCAACAACCAUGUUGCGUUUAAGGUUAAAACUACAUCUCCAAAAAAAAAAUAUUCCGUGCGACCGAACAUUGGCAUUAUUAAGCCAAAAUCAACUUGUGAAUUCACCGUUAAGAUGCAAGCACAAAGGGUGGCUCCUCCUGACAUGAUAUGCAAAGACCAGUUUUUAGUUCAGAGCACAGUUGUUCCUGCAGGGACCAGUGAUGAUGAUAUUACUCCUAGCAUUUUUGCCAAAGAUGAUGUCAGAUACGUUGAAGAGAACAAGCUGAAAGUGGUCCUUGUCAGUCCCCCCAAUUCUCCGGUACUUUCACCAAUCAAUAGAACAUUGAAACAGGUGCCGGCUUAUGAACCUUCAAUACUGAAAGAUCAAGUGCUGAGGAAAGUCGAAAGCCUUACCCAACGUCACACAGUUACUGAGGAUGUGGAGUCCAAAGUGGAAAAUAGUGAGGAGGCAAAUUCAGCAAAGAAUUUAGAGUAUAAAACAAGGAAGGAUGCGGAUGAGCCUCUAAUGAAUGUCGGGUAUAAAACAAGGAAGGAAGUGGAUGAGCCAACAACAGAUGUAGAGCAUAAAACAAGGAUGGAUGUGGAUGAGCCAACAACAGAUGUAGAACAUAAAACAAUGAAUGAUAUGGAGGAGCUGAAGUUGGUUAAAGAUGUUUCGGAAAUGAAGUCAAAACUAAAUGGACUUGAAUCAAAACUAAGUGAG